CAGUUUUCUGAACCUGUUACAGGUUAACUUAACGUGAUGAAUUUUCACUGUUCUGUGUUCUCAACUCAGUUGCUAGACUGUACUUUUCAUAAACUGCCUUUUCCUGGUAUUCUAGUAGAAUACAGUAGUUUGUUCUUCCACCUGGGUUAGUCAUCUUAGCCACUUAUAGCAAAGUCUGAAGUAGGACUAUCAUGCUUUUUGAAAUGGACCGUUUUCUUUCAUCUGGGCUGUAUCACUUUUCCACUAUUUGGGCAGUUUUUUAAGGGGUUGUAUUUUUUAAACGGAAAUGUGAAGUCCCAAGUAUGUUCUGGAAGGGCUUUAGGAAGGGCCCUCUGUAGAACAACUUAAGUGUACACCAGUGCUUGGUUGUCUAGUGCCUGCACAUUAACCUGGAGAGUUUUUAAUACUACUGGGCCACUGUCAGUUUUUAAAUGUUUCCAGGUGAUGGGUACACGUGGCCAAGGGCUUCCAGCCUGGAGAGGGCAGGGAGGAUGGCGACAGCAUUUUUAGUAGAGAUGCACGAGAGGCCGGGGUGUCAACAUUUAGGACUACAACCUUAAAAAAACUGUUUUCGGUAACACUACGCUGAGAAUGCAAAUUACCAUUUAAAUAAGGUGUUUAAACGGAAACUUGCAGAACACCUAAGUAUUUUGGCAAAAGCAAACAGGAAAGUAAAGCUGAUUCUACUGGCAACAGCGGGGUAGUAAAAAGCAGAUGGCAGUGAUCUUUCGGUGCUGAGGACGGAUUAAAAGAACAGCAGUCUGAAGGACGUAGACCUUGAGAAAAAGGAAUCCUGUAUUCGUCUGGACGAAAGGGACGGGGCGGUGGCGGCCGGAACGCAGUGACGUACUUCCGUGGGAGGGACCGGUCCCAGCUCACGCUCACUUCCGUCGGACCUGCGCAGUUGGAUCCCCGGGCUCGCAUUGUUGUGGCGGUUUUUUGGGAUCUGCCAGUUACUAGAAGACUCUGCCCUUUAACACCCGAGGGCGAUGCGCUCUGCUCCAGCCAUCAGAGCCUGCCAGAGAGUCUGCCGGUGCCUCUUGUCUGGGUUUGGGGGUCAAGUAGAUGGGAGGCAGCCGGAGCAGUUGUCGGAAGGCACCGGCUCCUUCGUAGGGCCCGUGAGGUCGCAAGCGGAGCUACCCCGAAACGAGCCGAGAGAAGCCCCCGAGUCUGGUGGUGAGGGGAGUGAGGAGCUGGUAGAGAUCUGUCGGAAGAGACGUUUCCUCAGUGGCACCAAGCAGCAGCUUAGCCGAGAUUCUCUUCUAAACGGAUGCCACCCCGGCCUUGGCCCCUUGGGCACAGAGUUGCGGAAGAACCUGGCGGCCGAAUGGUGGUCCUCGGUGGUGGUGUUCAGGGAGCAGGUCUUCCCGGUAGACGCCCUCCAUCGUGAACCAGCUCCUUCGCCGCCCGUGGACAGUGGCUUCAGGUUAGUUUCUGCAGAAACGCUGCGCGAAAUCUUGCAAGACAAAGAGCUGAGUAAGGAACAGCUAGUAGCAUUUCUUGAGAACUUACUAAACACUUCUGGGAAACUACGGGAGAACCUUCUUCACGGUGCCUUGGAGCACUAUGUUAGUUACCUGGAUCUGAUAAACAAGAGGCUACCUUUUGGCCUUGCUCAGAUUGGAGUGUGUUUUCACCCUGUUUCUGAUACUAAGCAGACACCUGAUGGUGUUAAAAGAAUCGGUGAAAAGACUGAAGCUUCUCUGGUAUGGUUUACUUCAGCAAGAACUGCAAGCCAGUGGCUUGAUUUCUGGUUACGUCAUCGACUCCUAUGGUGGAGAAAGUUUGCUGUGAGUCCAUCUAACUUCAGCAGUGGAGAUUGUCAGGAUGAAGCAGGCCGAAAAGGAAACAAACUUUACUACAAUUUUCCCUGGGGAAAGGAGCCAAUAGAAACCCUGUGGAAUCUAGGAGAUCAUGAACUUUUACACACGUAUCCUGGAAGUGUGGCUCAGUUGCACGGCCGAGACGGGCGGAAGAACGUGGUUCCUUCUGUUUUAUCUAUAAAUGGAGAUCUAGAUCGAGGCAUGCUGGCCUACCUCUAUGAUUCUUUCCAGCUAACAGAGAACUCCUUUACAAGAAAGAAAGAUCUUCAUAGAAAGGUGCUUAAACUUCAUCCUUGUUUGGCCCCUAUUAAAGUUGCUUUGGAUGUGGGACGAGGCCCAACAGUGGAACUAAGACAGGUUUGUCAAGGGCUGUUUAAUGAAUUACUAGAGAAUGGAAUUUCUGUGUGGCCUGGUUAUUUGGAAACCGUGCAAUCUUCACUGGAACAACUUUAUUCAAAAUAUGAUGAAAUGAGUAUCCUCUUCACAGUGUUGAUUACUGAAGCUACUUUGGAGAAUGGAUUAAUACAUUUGAGAAGUAGAGACACCACAAUGAAGGAAAUGAUGCAUAUAUCCAAAGUAAAAGACUUUCUAACUAAAUAUAUAUCAUCAGCUAAGAAUGUAUAGAUUUCAAUAUUUGUAUAAUAAAUAUUCACCUUUCCUAA